AUGCUCAUGAAUAUAAAAUACCUCAAUAUAUAAUAAUAAAUAGUUGUUGAUCCAUAAUAACCUAUUAUUACUGUUUCACAGUAAAUUAUUGUUGCUGCUGCUCCUCCUCCUUAAUAGCCAGAAAUUAAUGAGAUGUAUGAUGUAGAAAGAGAAUUGCAAGUGCUUUCUAUUGAAGAUGUAGAAGAACCUUGGAAAAAGAAAUGCGUUGAAUUAGAAAUUAAAAUAUUCGAUUUGUAAACAGAAUUAGCCAGAUAUAAAAUUUAAGGAUAAGAAUUGAAGGUUACAUCAAAUGAAGAAUUUUAAGUGAAAGAAUUGGAAGCAAAAAUCAAAAUGAUGAAAGACAUAGAAGAUGGUUAGAGAAAAGAAAUAAAAAGUCAAUAAAAUGAAAUUGACUCUCGGAGAUAGAUAUAUUCCAAAUUGCAAUUAGUUUUAACAAUUACUUUAAGAUGGAGAAGAAAUCAGAUAGUUAAGAGAUGCUUUAGCAGAAAAAGAAAGGCAAAUCUUGAAAUUGGAAAAUGUAUUAAAUUCUGA